AUGCAGGACGCAAAGACGGCUUGGGUACGGCCAGCGAGGAGGAUAGUUGCUCCUCCAGCCGCCCCUGCCGCCACGCUGGCCCAGCCGGUGUCAGCUGGAGACCCUGGCUUCAGGCUGCUGCCCGAGGAAAACGCUUUCCGAGCCUUGCCCCAAGAGCCUCUGUUCAAAAGGCCACGCACCAGCCGGGACGCCCUGCCCGUGGGGGCAGGCCAUCUCCUCUGCCUGCCCUUCCCCAAGAGGCUGUGGAAAAUCGUCAACAGCGACCAGUUUGCAUCCAUUUGGUGGGACAACAAUGGCACUUGUAUGGGCAUCACCGAGAAGCUGUCUCAGAAGGAGAUCUUGGAGAGGGAUGGCCCCAACGAAGUGUCUGAAACGGGCUGUAUGAAGAGUUUCGUCCGCCAGCUCAACCUCUAUGGAUUCGGCAAACUGCGCCAGGACGUUCACACAUCCGUGAGCCUCACCCACUUUCUCACUGGAGGGGCACCUGUCCACGUCCUGAGCAAGUUACAGUUCUACAGGAGCCCCUUCUUUCAGAGAGACUGCCCGCACCUGCUGGUGAGGAUGAAGAGGAGAGUGGGCGUUAAAUCCACGUCAAGGCAGAUGGAGAGCGAGCCCGAAGCCCCGGCGUCCCCCCGGCAGCACCUAGAGCCAGCCCGCGACCAGAGGGAGUCCUGUCCUCUGCUGGGGACCAGCGAGAGCCGCUGAGCAGCCGACAACGGGGCAGCCCCACUGCCCGGGGCAGAAGCCAGUCGGCCCCUCCAGCCACGCUCGGGGCGGCGGCCAGGCCCACCCUGACAGAGUCGGCCCCAGGGUGCCCAGGCGCCCGUCACCCUCGCGGCUGAUGUGGCCGCGUCUGCGGCGUUCCCCUGGGUCUGUCUCCCCUGCCUUCCGUGCAGAUGCACCCUUGCAGGCUGCUGCUGGGCCUGGCCGCCGGGCCCCCCGUGCUGCUCCCCGAGCCCACCACGCAGCUCCCCGGGGCUGGGCUGCUGCCCGUGUGCCACCCCUGGGCGCCCAGCGUGGCUGCUGCGCCCGCCGCCCCCGGGACUGUGAUUCCUCAUCCCCCAAACCCCUUCCACUGCUGUCCGGACUGCCGCUGUUCCCCCGAAUACCUGCCACCUACCGACGGGUCCCCCGAGUACCCCCACUGCGCACACUACAGCAGCUAGGGGCGGUCUUGUCGUCGGGUAACAGGCAGGCCAAUAAAAUGUUUCAGA